CAAGAUUGCUCCAAGCUGGGGCCUCCAAGCUUUGCCAAAAGUUGAAACCACUUUGCAACCAACUCAUCAUUCAUUUCUUUAUUGCUAAUUUGCCAUUCUUAUUCCAAAGUUGAAUUUUUCUGAAUUGGCUGGCUAGCUAUGACUAGAAUGGCAUUUCCCGAAAUUUAGUCGAAAAACGGGAGCAUUUAGCAGCGCAAAACAGAAAAAGUAAGGUAUCAAAAGCUUCUUCCAUACGAGCCAUCAUAUAGAUCAUACCCUCAUUUGCCUUAUGUUGCAGCAAAGUUUUUGUGUAGAAAGGAAACAAUGAUUUCGUUACGAUCCAAUACUUCUAGGUCAUGCCGGACGCUGGCAAAGAAGUUUGGAUGCGCGAAGAGGACGUGGAGGAGCUUCACCGAUAAAGUACAAUCAAAACUCCACAAACUCAACAUCCCCAGAGCAAUCAAAACCACUGCCAGACACCUCCGUGCCUUGCAGACCAAGUUUCAUUUUCUUAUCCCAUCCAAACUCCGCGCUCUCACCAAACCUUCCUCUACCUUCCCUAGUAACCGAUACUAUAACCAUCACUACGACACCUUUGACUCCCACGUCGGUUAUGCGCUGGGAAGAUCUGGCUACCAGUACCACAACAAGCUCCAUCAUAAUAAGAAUACGGAAGCCAUACACAUAGACGAACUCUUUGAAGAGCCUGCCGCUGUCUGUGUGGACGCCAAGAAGGAUCGACAUUUUGGUGAGCAAGCAGAAACAAGCAAAGUGAAACAAGCGGUUGACGAGGAGGAUGAUGGGAAGGUUGUGAAAAGAGAUAAGAAGAGUUUGUACAGCGUUGAAGAUGCGUGGCAAGCAGUGGUUGCUAAGUCACCUCAGCUGCGGGUAGUGGAUGAAAGAGCGGAGGAGUUUAUUCACAAGUUUAGGCAAGAUAUGAAGCUUCAGAAGGAGAAAUCCCUUCUUGAGUUCCAGGAGAUGUUGGCUCGCAGUUCAUAAAUCAACAUAAUUUAUUUUAACUUUCGGGUGAAGAGAUUGACGAAUGAAGUGAUUCCUGCAGAAAGUGUGGUGAUGUAUGCAAACAAUUUAGGUUUUCUUCCUUUCAAUUAUUUUUUUUAUAAUAUUUUCUGUGGAAUAUGUACAUGGAAAUGCUUUUUGUGGAUUGGUGAAUUGGUCGAGAAUAUAAGAUUAAAGAUUAUUGUUUUUGGAUAUGAAAUAAUCAAAAGUUUAGUUGUGAUCUAUUUUACAUUACUUGAUCGUUACUUUGGACCUCUUCACCCUUGUGAGGUAUAGUUGUAAUCUAUAGUUAUAAUUUUAGAGAGGUUAUCGCUAAGUGAGCUAGAUUUUUUAUUUUAUUUUUUAACAUAGUUACUCUUAAUGAAAAUUGCUUGAAUACAAAGAACAAUAAGUGGAGCAGAUCAAUUUCCAAGAUGUAACAUUGGAAAAAAAACACACACAGUCUUAAAAUCUAGCGCUUGUGUGUAUGCAGUACUCUCUUUAAUGCUUCUCUGUAAACAUGUUCGAAAAGCUCACCAGGAAAAUGUCCAUGUUUACAACGCAUUAUGCACUCACAAGCUCAAAAGCGUGGUACCAUCUCUAUAAAGUAAAACAAUUUCCAAACAUUUAUAGCAAAAUAUUUUAGUUCAUCUUAGACUUUUAUUUGUGACAUUACAUAUUUUUGUAGUUAUUGACAAUUAUUACUACGAUAUAGAGGCGAGUUUCCUUAAUAUGGGACCUAGAAUAAUUAUAACUUACUACAAUGUAGAAUUUAUUCCUAUACAUAAUUGGCCUCUAAUUGUUAGGUACACGAUUUCUCACCUCCGUUUUCCCCUUUUAUACUCCUCCCUUUGUUUUUGUCCCUUGGUUCUGCUUUGAUUUAUUAAAUACAAGAGCUAGAAUAAAAGAGAGUCGUGGAGAGGGAGA